AAAAAAGUCAAAACCCCUAAAAACCUGCACUUUCAAUUAGCUUCAAUCUUCUUUCUUUCUUUCUUCUUCUUCUUCCUCAGCCAAGAAAACGAAAAAAAAAAAAUGGCUCCCACACCAUCUUCUUCUUCGAAAUUAAGCCAAACCCAUAUGAGAACACCCCAAUCGAAGCAGCAUUUAAACUUCUCGUCAACACGAAACAACCCCCAACACCCAUCUCCUAACCCAAACUCCAUUGCAGCCAAAGAAAACCCACCAGGGGAACACCCAGUUGAAGUCAUCGGCAGAAUAAGAAACUAUCCUGGUGACCAGAAAGACAAAAACCCCAUCCCGUUUCUCCAUAUCAAUCCUGAUAACAACACUCUCCGUGUCCGGGCUGAUAUAGGGUACCGGGACUUUUCCCUGGAUGGGGUUUCUUCUUCCGAGGAAGAAGAUCUCGAUGCUUUUUAUAAGAAAUUCAUUGAGUCGAGGAUCAAUGGGGUGAAAAUGGGGGCUAAGUGUACUGUUAUGAUGUAUGGCCCAACUGGUUCAGGGAAGAGUCAUACUAUGUUUGGGUGUCCAAAGCAACCUGGGAUUGUUUAUAGGUCAUUGAAAGGUAUAUUGGGAGAACCUGGAGAGGGUGAGAAUGGAGGGGAAAGAUUGGGAAUUGGGACUUUUGUUCAAGUCACUGUUUUGGAGAUCUAUAAUGAGGAAAUUUAUGAUCUUUUGUCAACUAAUGGAGGUGGAGGUGGAUUUGGAUUUGGAUGGCCUAAAGGUGGCAAUGGAUCUAAGGCGAAACUAGAAGUAAUGGGAAAGAAGGUUAAGAAUGCAAAUUUCAUAUCUGGGAAUGAAGCUGGAAAGAUUUCAAAAGAGAUUCAGAAAGUAGAGAAGAGACGAAUUGUGAAAAGCACUCUCUGCAAUGAAAGGAGUUCUCGAAGUCACUGCAUGAUAAUCCUUGAUGUUCCUACCGUUGGAGGAAGAUUAAUGCUUGUGGACAUGGCAGGUUCCGAAAAUAUCGAUCAAGCAGGUCAAGUUGGAUUUGAAGCAAAAAUGCAGACAGCAAAGAUAAAUCAGGGAAACAUAGCACUGAAGAGAGUUGUUGAAUCCAUUGCAAAUGGAGAUUCUCAUGUGCCCUUCAGAGAUAGUAAGUUGACAAUGUUGCUACAGGACUCUUUUGAGGAUGAUCAAUCAAAGAUUUUAAUGAUACUUUGUGCAAGUCCAGAUCCUAAGGAGAUACACAAGACAGUUUGCACCCUUGAAUAUGGAGCAAAAGCAAAAUGUAUCGUCCGCGGUCCACAUACACUGACCAAGGACAAAAAUGAAGAUUCAUCAUCUGCUGCUCUUUUAGGAUCCAGGCUAGCAGCAAUAGAUCAGUUUAUUCAUAAACUACAGAUGGAGAACAAGCUCAGAGAAAAAGAGAGAAAUGAGGCACAUAAAGAGCUCUUAAAGAAAGAAGAAGAAGCGGUGGCGCUAAGAGCACUUGUGGAAGGGAAGGGUGCUUCUGGGGCAACUGAAGAAGAAAUCAAUGCGAAGAUAAAUGAGCAGGCACUGAUAUUAAAACUUGAGUUGGAGAAGAAACUAGACAAAUGCAGGCGGAUGGCUGAAGAGUUGGUUGAAAUGGAAAGGAGAAGAAUGGAAGAAAGGAUACUGCAACAGCAAGAAGAAGUCGAGAUGCUAAGAAGGCGGUUGCAGGAAAUCGAGUUUGAGUUAUGCUGUUCGAGGGAUGGAAGAAAUGCUGAGGAGAAUGAGGCAAAGGAAUUGGAUAGUGGAAGCAGCAACUUUGCUAAAAGGCUAAUUGGGAUAUAUGGUGAUGAGAUCCCAGGGAUGGUUAAGUCAAUGGACCUUGACAUGGGUGAUCCAGAACCAGUUAUGCAUGACAGUAGUGGUAUUCAUCCUGAUGGUUUUGCUCCACAGUUCGGUCCUAAAACAGGUCUGAGCACUGUAUAUGAGGAAGAAGAAAUCGAAGAAGACGAGGAACAAAAAGAGAAUGAGGAAGAUGAAGUAGUGGAGAAAUUGAUAAUAGAGGAAAAGAGGGUGUGCUCAAGUGAGAUAGUUAAUGAUUUGAGGCCUAAACAGUCGGAUUCCGAUACAGCCUCUUCGAGACUAUUAAGAAUUCAGAACAUCUUUACACUCUGUGGGAACCAAAGAGAGCUUACUCAACAAAUCAGCACUGAAACACCUACCAAACCAAUGGCUGAAACCAUUGAUCAUAAUUGGUCCCAAGUGAAAAGUUUGGACAAGGAAAACUCACCACCUGGUUUAAUGGCAGCAUGCUUGAAAGAGAAAGAAACCCCCUACAAUGACUUCACAGAUGCCCAGAUUGAAGUCUAUGUAAAAUGGGAAGCAUCCAAGGAAAUUCCUGGAAAGUUUAUCACAACAUUAAAGGUUGUGAAAGAUGCAACACUUGCUGAUCUGAGGAAGUUGAUUGAGAUCUAUCUUUCUGCAGAUAAUCAAGCUUUCACUUUUCUAUUGCUUGGGCCGGAUCUGGCCGAGGCACCGGUGAAGAAAGAGAAUGAAGGCACUGUCAAGGCUAGCAAGCUUCCACUCUGCAGCAACGGUUAUAUGGCAUGCUUGAGGCCAGCAAAGGGUCUGCAGAUAACAAAUCAUCUCCCUCUGAGAUCACUACGAUUGACUCCCAUGGAAAACAAGCUUCCACUCACCCCCAACAAUUCGAUUCUUGCAUAAGGUGAUGACUUAUCGACUCACACUCAGUGAGUCCCACUUCCUACUAGGAUGGACGUUAGGUCGUAUUUGUUCAGAUGAAGAAGUGUUGAAUGAAAAUGCAGCCAUGAGUAUAUUAUUCAUAUGUACUCUUACCUGGUACCUUUGAUUAUGGAUUGCCCUUCCUCAAUUGCCUUUCAUUAUGAAUAUUGAGAAACAUUCUUAAGACAUGGGAUGGGAAAACACUCCAACUGACAACUGUUUAUGUCUAUUUUAUGGUUCAUGUUCGGGUUUCGGGGUUGCUCUUUCCAUCAAUGUCUAUCUCCGAGGCCUAAACAUGCAUUCUUUCUUUGAGAGUGCAAAACCACUGCAUCUAA